AUGAGGAAUAGUCGUGUCGGUGCAUUACUAUCACUGUUACGUUCGGAAUACAAACAACAUCCAGGACGUUAUGUUAUUGGGAGAAAAAGAAAAGUCAGCAGCGGCGUUGGCAGUGGCAGUGGCGGUGGCAAUGUCUUGAUGGAUCCAUCAACAAGCGGUAAUGAAAUUCACGUGGUUGGUAGAACAUUGCUUGAACGUCUGUCAACGAAUACUACGAUAACAGGUGGUGGUAGUGGGAUCAACAGCAACAUUAACAACAACAGCAACAGCAAUGCUUCAGCAUCGGGAAUUGCAACGUUAACAAGAUCAGCAAUUGGUUCAACUGGUACAACCUAUCGUAGUAGGAGUUCAUCAUUGAUGGCAGAUAACAACGACGAUUACAUACGUUCUUAUGCAAGUAACAAUAAUAAUAAUAAUAAUAAUAAUGUAUCAUCGAUUACUACGACAACUACUACUACAACAACAACUGGUCGCGAAGUUAUAUUUCCCGAUUCGUUCGAGGUACUACCUCAACCACGCGAUUUGAAUUUAGUAUACAUGGACAUACCCCAUGAACAACAAAGAAAAUUUCGUUGUCGUUUUUGCGGCAAAGGUUAUAGAUGGAAAAGUACAAUGCGACGACACGAAAUGGUCGAAUGCGGUGGUAAACCACCUGCAUUCCAAUGCCCCGAUUGUCCCUACAAGGCAAGGCAAAGGGGUUACUGGACCCAGAUGUACGCUGAACCAACGAUGAACAACGCGACUACUACUUUCAUUGGUCAAGGACAAUUGAUGACCAUUGGAUCAACUAACAUAGUUGGAAAUCAAAGAACGAGUAAUUAUCAACCCUACAGAUUAGGACGCGGUCAGUCGAGUUAUAAAUGUCCUAAUUGUGAUCGUUAUUAUAUGAGAACUUCAUGUCUGAAACGUCAUUUGCGCGUUGAAUGCGGACAAAAACCACAAUAUCAGUGUCACAUUUGUCAAGGAUGGUUCAAAUAUAAACACAAUUUGUCGGCCCAUAUGAAAAUACAUAUGGAGGAACCCAAACAUCAUUGUUCGCUUUAUGGCUGCAGGUCAUGCGGCAAAGAAUACAGUACACCUGGAUCCUUUAAAUAUCACAAAAACGUCGAGUGCAGUAAGGAACCACGAUUUGCUUGCACUUAUUGCAUCUACAAAUCAACAAGGAAAAGCAAUCUUCAUAGGCACAUGAAAAUACAUUGGCAAACGAGGAAUGUCAACGAUAUAUAA